CGGGGCUCGACUCCAGGCCCCGUUGCGGCACACCCCGAGCCGGCCGCCCGCCAGGCCAGGCGCCGAUGGCCGGCCGCUCCCUGGGGCAGGCGGUAGCCACAGUGUCGCUGUCAGUGGCCCUCGCGUCCGUGACUGUCCGGUCCUCAGGCUGCCGCGGCAUCCCCGAGUCCAGAAACUCGUUUCCAUCCUGUGGAUUUCACCUUAACACCAACAUCAUGUCUGGUUCUAAUGGUGCCAAAGAGAAUUCCCACAACAAGGCUCGGACAUCUCCUUACCCAGGUUCAAAAGUUGAACGAAGUCAGGUUCCUAAUGAGAAGGUGGGCUGGCUUGUUGAGUGGCAAGACUACAACCCGGUGGAGUAUACAGCAGUCUCUGUCCUGGCUGGCCCCAGAUGGGCAGAUCCUCAGAUCAGUGAGAGCAACUUUUCUCCCAAAUUCAAUGAAAAAGAUGGGCAUGUAGAGAGAAAGAGCCAGAAUGGACUGUAUGAGAUUGAAAAUGGGAGACCCAGAAAUCCUGCAGGGAGGACAGGAUUGGUUGGCCGGGGUCUUCUGGGGAGAUGGGGCCCAAAUCAUGCUGCAGAUCCCAUUAUAACCAGGUGGAAAAGGGAUGACAGCGGGAAUAAAAUCACACAUCCUGUUUCCGGGAAAUGCAUCUUACAGUUUGUGGCAAUAAAAAGGAAAGACUGUGGAGAGUGGGCAAUCCCGGGGGGGAUGGUGGACCCUGGGGAGAAGAUCAGUGCCACUCUGAAGAGGGAGUUCGGUGAGGAAGCCCUGAACUCGCUACAGAAGUCCAGUGCUGAGAAGAGGGAGAUAGAGAAGAAGCUACACGCGCUCUUCAGCCAGGAGCACCUUGUGAUAUAUAAGGGGUAUGUUGACGACCCUCGGAACACUGACAAUGCAUGGAUGGAGACAGAAGCUGUGAACUACCAUGAUGAAACAGGGGAAACAAUGGACAAUCUCACCCUGGAGGCUGGAGAUGAUGCUGGGAAGGUGAAGUGGGUUGACAUCAGCGACCAGCUCAAGCUCUAUGCUAGCCACUCUCAGUUCAUCAAACUCGUGGCAGAGAAACGAGAUGCUCACUGGAGUGAGGAUCCUGCUGCUGACAGCCAUGGCCUAUAGCACGCCCCUGUAAGCCAGGGGCCAUCUAGGAGCACUGCAGACGCAGGGACACACAACUUAUGCUCUGCAGAGGACACAUGGAAAUGUUUGCAACAAGGUAAAAUGAGCCAGUACAAUGAAGUGGAACCCUGAAUUCUCUUCUGAAAGGAUUACAACUCAACAGAUUUUAUAUAUGUGAACAAAAGCAUGUCUGAACAAAUUUAAAUAACAAAUGUUCUUUGCAGAAUUGCAGUUACAAUAAAAUAAAACCCAACUGGUGGUGA